AUGUCUGGCGCCGCUAGCCCCUUCCCCAUCGACCUCAAGCAGUACAAAAAGCUCAAGCUCGAUCCCUCGAAGCCCCAGCUCACAUCGGAGGAGAAGGCUACCCUCCAGCAUAACAUCCAGCUUCUCCGUGAUGCGAUAGUCCUCUUCACCGCGACUGGCGCCGCCCGUGGUGUCAGUGGCCACACUGGUGGGGCCUUCGACACCGUCCCCGAAGUGUGCAUUCUCCUCAGCUUGUUCGAGCACUCGGAGAAGUACCUUCCCAUCAUCUUUGACGAAGCCGGCCACCGCGUCGCUACCCAGUACCUCCUCUCCGCCCUCGAUGGCUCCCUCCCCGCUGAGCACCUCCUGAACUACCGCGCCGCCAACUCGAAGCUCCCGGGUCACCCUGAGCUCGGUCUCACCCCCGGUGUUAAGUUCUCGUCGGGCCGCCUCGGCCACAUGUGGCCCCUCGUCAACGGUAUCGCGCUCGCGAACCGGGAUAAGACCGUGUUCUGCCUGGGCUCCGAUGGCUCGCAGCAGGAGGGUAACGAUGCCGAGGCUGCUCGUCUCGCCGUCGCUCAGAACAUCAACAUCAAGCUCCUCAUUGACGACAAUGACGUCACCAUCGCCGGUCAUCCGUCUGAGUACAUGAAGGGAUACGACCUCACCAAGACGCUCGAGGGUCACGGUCUCAAGGUGUACACAGUCCAGGGCGAGGACCUCGACGCACUCUGGGGCGCCAUUGCGUCUGUCACGACCCACAAUGGCCCCGCUGCAGUCAUCGCUAAGCGCAAGAUGGCACCCGGUGUCGACGACAUCGAAGGCAGCACUCACGGUCACGAUGUCAUUCCCGUCAAGUCUGCCAUCAAAUAUCUCACCAAGCGCGGCUACCCCGAGUCGGUCGCCUCGGACAUCCUCCUCAACAUUAAGCCCUCCCCCGUCCCUUAUCUCUACAUCGGCUCGACCAAAGAGACCGCCGCGAACCGUGUUCAGUUUGGUGAGGCCGUCAACCUCGUGCUUGACGGCCUCAGCAAGGAGGAGGCUGCUAAGAAGGUCAUGGUCAUCGACAGUGAUCUCGAGGGCUCGACCGGUCUCAAGGUCAUCCACCAGAAGCACCCCGAGGUCUUCAUUCCCUCUGGUAUCAUGGAGCGUGGCAAUUUCUCGGCUGCCGCUGGUUUCGGCUUCCAGGAGGGCAAGUUCGGUGUCUUCUCGACGUUCUCGGCUUUCUUGGAGAUGGUUAUCUCUGAGAUUACCAUGGCCCGUCUGAACAACUGCAACGUUCUUUCUCACUUCUCCCACUCUGGCGUUGAUGAGAUGGCCGACAACACUUGCCACUUCGGUAUUAACUCCUUCUUCGGCGACAAUGGUCUCUCAGAUGUGCAGUCGUGGCUGUACUUCCCCGCCGAUGCGGCUCAGAUGACCGCCGUUAUCCAGCGCGUCUUCUUCGAGCGCGGCGUGCGGUUUGUCUUCUCGACGCGUGCCAAGGUUCCCUAUAUCCUCAAGGAGGAUGGCAAGACCAGGUACUUCGGCGAUGACUACGAGUUCCAGCCGGGCAAGGACGAAGUCAUCGCCGAGGGCACGGCCGGAUACGUUGUCUCGUUCGGAGAGAUGCUCUACCGCUCGUGGGAUGCUGUUCUCCGCUGCCGCCAGGAGGGCCUCGACGUUGGCUUGAUUAACAAGCCGACGUUGAACGUUGUCGAUGAGCGGGCAAUCCGCAAGGUCGGCUCGAGCCCCUUUGUGCUCGUCGUCGAGUCGUUCAACCAGAAGACCGGUCUUGGGUCCAAGUUCGGCACCUGGUUGCUCGAACGCCAGCUCACGCCCAAGUACGGCUACAUUGGCACAACCAAGGAGGGCUGUGGUGGUCUCUCGGAGCAGAUUCCUCACCAGAACCUCGACCCUCAGGCCAUCAUCUUGAAGAUCAAGCAGCUCUCGCAGUAG